GUGUGUACAACUGGAAAUAGAGCGGACUCGUUGGAUGGCUGUUGACUAGAAAGACGGCUGUUGACCAAGCAGUGAACAGCGAAAGGAACCAACAUCGGAUGGUGGUCACCGGAAGCGGACCAACUUUCACCCGAGGACUCAUGCGGGCAGCUGCCUCAGUUGAAUUGAGCUUGACGUCGCUGGAGUUGACUGAGAUAUUCUCCCCUACACUCUAUCGCGCCAUACUGAAAGCUUCCUGCUGACGAGCGAACACUUGCGCGUCACUUCAGCACCUGAAGUCCAACGUUACAGCAGCCCUUUUCCCGGUCUUUAUCUUCACAUCUCGUCCCGGUUGUCGUGCGAUUUUCAGAAAUGUUGCCCCUUGGUCUUCUGACCGCCGCGCAAGGCCACCCUAUGCUGGUGGAACUGAAGAAUGGCGAAACGCUAAACGGCCAUCUUGUCAAUUGCGACAAUUGGAUGAAUCUCACUUUAAAAGAAGUUGUUCAAACUACUCCAGAAGGCGACCGGUUUUUCAGACUACCAGAGGUAUAUGUGAGGGGCAACAAUAUAAAGUACCUCAGAGUACCCGAAGAGAUCCUCGACGUCGUCAGAGAACAACAACAACACCAACCUUCGAAUCGCGGUGGUCGGGGUGGACGGGGUGAUGGUAAAGAUAGAGGUCGUGGCGGACGUGGUGGGCGAGGCCGUGGUCGUGGUCGCGGUGGUUGAAAGGAUAUACUCUUGGAAGUCAGAUGUUAGCAGUGCUUCAAACGAAGAUACCCCCCGUUUUCUCUUCCCGGAAGAAGAUUUGUCGGUGUCCUUGCCAGACUGAACUUUCUCAUGCAUGGCGUCGGCGUACUUUGGUCCUAGUUGGCGAGGCAGGAUAUAUGUAGAUCUAGUGAUCUGCAUUUUUCAAGAACGAAAAACAAUAAGAAGAACAAACUAAUCUUUUUU